AUGCUGCCACUGCUUCUCCUGGCAAGUCUCGUCUGUACUUCGACGACCGCAGAAGUACUGGAAACCAUAGCCCAAUGGCCUCUUUUGGACUUCGCUCUUCCCUACGACCAAGAAUUCCUGAAUCAGUAUCGCCCAGAAAACGUGGUUCCGACUGGCCUGGAGAUCUCCUGGGACAAGGUCUUUAUCACCGUACCAAGGUUACGGGCCGGUGUCCCAGCGACCUUGAACUAUAUCCCGAGGAACCUUCCUCUAGAAAGCAGUCCUCAGUUACACGCUUAUCCCUCCUGGGAUUGGCACAGUGCAGGGAAAGGAGAUUUGAACUGCUCAAAAUUGAUCUCGGUGUACAGGACGAGGCUGGACAGGUGUAAUCGUCUGUGGGUAGUGGAUAGCGGUUUAAUGACGUCGAUCGAUGAUUUCAGACCGGUUUGUCCCCCGAAAAUUAUGGUCUUUGAUCUGAAAACCGAUCAGCUCGUGCGACAGUUCACGUUCCCACGAGAAGUCUUAAGGCCCAACACGUUGCUGACGAAUCUAGUCAUCGACGAAACCUCAGCCACAACGUGCGAUGACGUCUUCGCCUACAUGACAGACUCAACAGGACCAGGUAUACUGGUGUUCGAUGGCGCCACGGAAAGAAGCUGGCGAGUCGUGCAUGCCAGCAUGUAUCCCCAUCCAGACUUCUCCACAUACAGGAUUGGCAGUGACACGUUCGAGUUGCUAGAUGGCGUGGUAGGACUAACAUUUUCUGCAAAGCUAGGAACGGUCUACUAUCAGCCUCUCGCCACCGACCGUCUGUUCAGCGUCCCAUCCGCGGCUCUUCAGGCUGGUCCUCUACCGUUUGGUGAACAACUACCGGUAACUUUGGUGGGUAAGAAGUCCAGUCAAGGACUCGCUCUGGCCAUUGACCCUCGGGACGAUACGAUCGUCUUCUCACCGUUCACCGAAACUGCGAUCGCUGCGUGGCAACCGCAAACCAAUCAGCAAAGGAUCUUAGCCUACAGCCCAGAGAAGCUGCAGUUCGUUGCCGAGAUCCGAUGGGCUGAACGCGAUAAUGGCAAUUUCUGGUUGAUGACCACCAGGUUCCAGAAAUUUUUCAGGCGAGAAGUGAACGUGCGAGACAUCAACAUACGUAUUAUGAGGUUAAUGCCUAUGCAGCAGCCGCUGAAACAGCCAAUCCUCGGUUCUUUUACUCGACCAUACUUCCCUUCGUAUUUCUAUAACAAUACGAUAGGCUACUGA